AUGAAGCUCCUCUAUCUCGCUGCCCUCCUCCAACUCCCCCUCCUCGGUCUGGCGGCACCAGCAGUCCCAGCCCUAACCGAUCUCGACACUGAUCUCGAGAAUCAGGACUAUCAGGACUACGUCCUCCGCAUCACCGAGGUCUUCGAGCAACCGAACUCCACCAUCACUGUGACAGGAGACCUGGUCAUCCUCGUUGCUGUAGGGGCUUGUUCUGUGCUACCCAUGGUCAUCAUCAUCGAGGAGUCUGUCGUCAUCAUCAUGCAGAGGCGUAUCAUGAAGAGGCUUAUCAUGAUGAGGAUCUUUGAAGGGCUUGUUGGUGGGUCUUUGGGGAUGGGAAUGGGGUUUGUUGGGCUGUUGUGA